AUGAGUGCGCGUCGCGAAAGUCUUACGCUCCAGGAGCACCAUGGCGAGAAGAAGGUCGUUGAGACUGCUGGGCUCGGCGAACAUGCCCGCGGACGGCAGUUCAGUCUCGAACAGCAGGAUGUCGAAAUGGUGCACGCCGACCAGCAGCAGCUGUCGCGUGAGCUCAAGGGUCGUCACAUGCAGAUGAUUGCCAUUGGCGGUGCGAUUGGUGCCGGUCUAUUCAUCGGUUCCGGCAAUGCUUUCCAGGCCGGCGGUCCUGCAUCAGUGCUUCUCGGCUUCAUGAUCAUCGGUGGCAUGAUCUAUCUCAUGAUGCAAGCACUCGCAGAGUUGACCGUGAUGUAUCCGAUCAACGGCGCUUUCACCAUGUACAUCUGCAGAUUCAUUGACCCCUCGUGGGGAUUUGCAUGCGGUUGGGAAUACGCUCUGAGUUGGCUGCUUGUGCUCCCAUUCGAAGUCUCGGCGGCUUGCAACAUCAUUCAUUACUGGUCAGGAAGCGAGAACAUCAACGAUUCUGCCUGGAUUGUGCCUCUUCUCUUCGCCCUGACCGUCAUCCAGUUCUUCGGCAUCAAGGGCUAUGGCGAGGUUGAAUUUGCUCUCAGCUUGCUCAAGGUCAUCGCGUGUACCGGCUUCAUGAUUUUCGGAAUAAUCGUUGAUUGUGGUGGCGUGCCCUCUGACGACAGAGGCUACAUCGGCGCCCGCUACUGGCACGAGCCUUACUCGGCUUUCCUCAACGGCUUUCACGGCUUCUGCGCUGUGUUCGUCACAGCUUCUUUCGCCUACAGCGGCACCGAACUCACGGGUCUUGCCGCUGCUGAGGCCGAGGAUCCCAGGAAAGAAAUCCCGAAGGCCACACGCCAGGUCGUCUGGCGUAUCGCUAUCUUCUAUAUUGUCAACCUCUUCCUCAUUGGUCUCAUUGUCCCUGCGAACAGCGAUCUAUACGCACAGGACGGGCCAUCAAGUCGACGAUCACCAUUCGUCAUUGCUAUUCAGCUAGCUGGCGUCAAGGUCCUGCCUUCCAUCUUCAAUGCAGUCAUCCUGAUCUCUGUCAUGAGUGUUGCAAACUCAUGCACUUUCGGCUCCACGCGGACUAUGCAGGCAUUGGCUUCCAACGGAAUGGGUCCUAAGCUCUUCGCAUAUGUCGACCGAAAGGGCCGUCCUGUGGUCGUUACACUGCUUCAGCUUCUUCUCGGAUGCCUGGCAUUCAUUAACUUGGACACCAGCGGUGGUGGCAACAUCUUCAAUUGGCUACUCGCUUUCUCUGGCAUCACGCCUUUCUUUGUCUUCGGCAGCAUUGCCCUCGCCCACAUUCGCUUCCGUUCCGCCUGGAAACACAAUGGUCACAGUCUCGACGAGAUCCCCUUCCGUGCUGCCUUCGGCAUCUGGGGAUCGUGGGUGUGUGUGAUCAUGAACUUCCUCUGCCUGGUCGCAAACUUCUACAUCUCCUUGUACCCAGUUGGCGGCCCCUAUCUCAAUGCCGAGGCCUUCUUCCAAGGCUACUUGGCUGCGCCGUUCAUCGUCUUCCUGUACGUCGGCUGGAAGAUCUACUCCUGGUUCAAGUUCCCGGCGCACCGACCACUGUACGUCAAGAUCAAGGACAUCGACAUUUACUCCGGCAUGAGAGAGGGACAGGCGCUGAUGAUCAGCGGCGAGGGUGUCACUGAGCAGCAGCGUCACCAGAGCAUCGCGGAGAUUCAGGACGAGAACAAGAAGAAGGGCAUUGGUGGCUGGGCAAAGGCAGCUGUCAGAUCGGUCUUCUGA